CCAGAAACUGGAUCUCGCGAGAGGCUGGCCCGCGGUCUCCUCGCUACCCCUCCCGGCCUUCUGCCUCCCGGGCUCCGGCUGCAGCGUCAGCCUCGUUCGGGCCUCGGCGUUUGCAGAGGCUCAUCAGCCUCAGCCCCGGCGCCCGUUGGCGCCCAUCGGCCCCAGCCCACAGCGCCGCUCACCCUUGCUGCCCCGGCGCUGGCCUAGGCCGCGGUCGCAGCCCCGGAAUCGCGUCGGCGCCGUCCGAUCCCGGCCCGCCCCCUAUGGGCCCCGGCUAGUGGCGCCGUUGCCGCCGGCCCGCGGAGCCCCGAUGCUGGCCCGGAGGAAGCCGGUGUUGCCGGCGCUCACUAUCAACCCCGCCAUCGCCGAGGGUCCGUCCCCCACCAGCGAGGGCGCCUCCGAAGCAAACUUGGUGGACCUCCAGAAGAAGCUAGAGGAGCUAGAGCUUGAUGAGCAGCAGAAGAAGCGGCUAGAAGCCUUCCUCACCCAGAAAGCCAAGGUCGGGGAGCUCAAGGACGAUGAUUUUGAAAGGAUCUCGGAGCUGGGAGCCGGGAACGGCGGGGUAGUCACCAAGGUCCAGCAUAGACCUUCGGGCCUCAUCAUGGCAAGAAAGCUGAUUCACCUGGAGAUCAAGCCAGCCAUCCGGAACCAGAUAAUCCGUGAGCUGCAGGUGCUGCACGAGUGUAACUCGCCGUACAUCGUGGGCUUCUACGGGGCCUUCUAUAGCGACGGAGAGAUCAGCAUCUGUAUGGAGCACAUGGACGGUGGCUCUUUGGACCAGGUGUUGAAAGAAGCCAAGAGAAUUCCAGAAGAGAUCCUGGGGAAGGUCAGCAUCGCGGUUCUCCGGGGCCUGGCAUAUCUCCGGGAGAAGCACCAGAUCAUGCACCGAGAUGUGAAACCGUCCAACAUCCUCGUCAACUCCAGAGGGGAGAUAAAGCUGUGUGACUUUGGGGUGAGCGGGCAGCUCAUCGACUCCAUGGCCAACUCUUUCGUGGGAACGCGAUCCUACAUGUCCCCAGAGCGGUUGCAAGGCACUCACUACUCGGUGCAGUCGGACAUCUGGAGCAUGGGCCUGUCACUGGUGGAGCUGUCCAUUGGAAGGUACCCCAUCCCCCCACCAGACGCCAAGGAGCUGGAGGCCAUAUUUGGCCGGCCCAUGGUCGAUGGGGCAGAAGGAGAGUCUCAUAGCAUCUCACCACGGCCAAGACCCCCUGGACGCCCCAUAAGCGGUCACGGGAUGGACAGCCGGCCGGCUAUGGCUAUCUUCGAGCUGCUGGACUACAUUGUGAACGAACCUCCUCCCAAGCUGCCUAGCGGUGUUUUCACCCAGGACUUCCAGGAUUUUGUGAAUAAAUGCCUAAUUAAGAACCCAGCCGAGCGAGCGGAUCUGAAGAUGCUCAUGAACCACGCCUUCAUCAAACGGUCCGAGGUGGAAGAAGUGGAUUUUGCCGGUUGGUUGUGUAAAACGCUGCGUCUGAACCAGCCCAGCACGCCCACACGCACCGCCGUGUGACGGGUCGGCUGGUGACCUGUCUGCGUCCUGUCCACCCGCCCUUCCCACCCAGGACAGAUCAGCUCCUUCCCCCUCUCCCACCGCACCGCCGCGGAGAAGACAUGCACACAGCGGAACAUUCACUUCCUCUCCCACCUGUUGCAGCCGGCGGGCCCUCUGGUCUCUGGGGAAGGGUGACGCUGCUCAUGUUGUCGUCUGAGAAUCUGCUUACUUUAAGUUUUAAAAAACCAAAACAAAACAGGGAACGAAAAAGCAAACCGAGCCCAUUGUA